GCCCUUCAGUGUGGAGGACAUUGUCAAUCCUAGUUCUCGUGAACGAAGAGAUGAAGAUCAUCGUGAGGUGUAGUUCAGUACUGUACGUACGUAUCGUCAUUCUCCCCUCACUUGACUUUGCGCCCCUAAAAGUUCUUUCGUCUUUGCCGAGUAAGCGUUCUUCCAAGUGUGCAUCAUACACACGCACAAUCUUCAGUAGUUCUUGAGACGUUGGGGUGCAGAGACUUCGUAGAAUCUGAACGAGUGCUUCCGUUUUGGGCUUGGUAGAGUCUGUGGCAAAUGCAUUUUUGAACGGUCAACUGGAGACCGAGGAAUUAUCCGAGGAAAAGGGUGUGAAAACUAUUCCUAGUGUCCUGCCCGCCGAUUAGGUCGUGUUACUCCCUCUGGAGACUCUACAUGCCAAGAGAGGGUGAUAAAUUACAGAUCGGCAGGAUUUUGACACAUCUUGGUGAAGGAACAGUUCGGCCGAAAUAGACUUUUCCCCCUCUGACAAUGUUGGAGGGGAAAAAAGUUGUGCAUUGUUGAAAUCAUGACCGGAAGCGAGAAAGUUGAACCGCAGUGAAAUAUUGGACGAGUUGUCGAAGAGUUGAACUCAAUUGCCAAGUCUUUGUGAUUGUGUAUGUGUGUCCUCCAUUAGUGUUCUAGACCCUUCCAUUCAGUGUUGGGAAUCAUUUCUCACAAAAAGAACGACAACCUACCAUGCUACUUGUGAGACCGAUGGGGAUCUUAUUGUGAACAUUUUACGCGCAUCAUCAUCACCCCCACCAUGAGGCUCUUCUCUGCGACGAAUUCCUCCCGCUCAAGUCCAGAACUGGUGAGACAUUCUCAAGUAAUCGAGGACAAUCAAUAUCCAACCCAUUUUGCGCAAUGCUCUCGACAAAAUAUCACUCUGGGCAGGAGUCCUUCAUGGGAGAAAUCUCGCGCCAACGGAGUAGGGGGAACUACCCCUCCACGAGAUCAUAGUCCGGCUUCCAUUGUGAGGGGCGUUUCUACUUUGGGUAGAAAAUUCAGUCGCCGAUUUGAGAAAUUCGGAGAGAGUGAAACUGCCCGAAAACUCCGGAUGGCUUCUCCAUCCAGGAAAUACCAAUGGGCUAUUGGCGGCUACGAUUCAGGGGGAUCGACAAAUAAUUUGUCAUCAAAUUCAGAUAACCACCACCCAUCCAAUUCGUCCUCGUCAAACGGGAGUUUUGCCAACAACGGAGGCACUAAUGAUAAUAGUAACAAUAAUAAUGACGUCGCCAAUGACCCCAAAAAACGUGUUAGCCGAGUGGACUCGUUCCGGAAUUUUCUUUCCCUUGCGAGUUCAACCGUAUCAGUGUCAACGUUGAGAACUCCUCGUGCUGUAAAACGCCGCAGCCGCAACACGGACAAGCGUCAGCAACAACAGCAAAGGAACCAAUUUGUCGACGUUGGAACAUGUACAACCUUCGAAGGCACCCCAAGAAAUGGCACAACUUCAUUGCCCGGAGGCCUCAAUUCCUGCUUCGGCUCAGACCUUACUUUACUAGAAACUCAAUCUGAUGUGGCCCUAAGUGAAUGCCAAAGUGAGGUGGAUCUUCGGUACUAUUACACUGCCACAGAAGAUGAAGAUGACCGUAGUGUGGUCAGUGAUGGGUUUCAUAGAAAGCCUCAUGCCGUGUCCCAUGCUUCGAGAUCUGCCGGCAGUUUGAUGGGAACCAAUGCAGCUCGAUUGGGAAUCUUGCCCGAGAAUCGUACCAUUAACUUCCAAGAGGCCGGCAUUGUCUACAACUCUUCCAAUGGUAUGCAAAUCAAGAGUUACGGUAUGAUCGAUGGCAAAAGCGACCCGUCAAAGAAUUCCUUGGGCCCCCCUGGUGUCUUCACCAAGGGCUCUGCCAAUUCGAGCUCCAUCGUGAACGAGAGUGGAUAUAGUAGUGAUUAUGCAAGUGGAACCAACUCCACGUCAAGUCGAGCUUCACCCAGAGGUUCUUUGGACGAGGAACACCCUCAGGAGAAGACAGUCUUGUCUUCCUCGUCGUCCUCGGAUGAUUCCAGAUCUCUGACUCCUCCCUUGAAAGAGAGGGAAGAGAGAUCCAGACUGGAGAAACAGCUCAAGGGUCCAACUGUUCCGCCGAAAAAGCCCAUCCGAGUGUCCAAGAUGGCGUCCACCAAACGGUCACAUUCGAGCGAUGACAAGCACCAAGUAUCCCAAGAUCUCCCAGCCUCGGGAUCUUUAACCCUUUCGAAUUCAUCGAAUUCUUCCUCGGCGACGCAGACGAAAAUGACAAAGGAUUACAAGAUGAUUCGAUUAGUCAAGCAACCCAAUACGGAGCUGGGUAUCAUCAUCGCCAAGAAGAAGCUCAAAGACCUCCAGACCACUGGAUUCCAUAUUGUUCAUAUCGAGCCUGAUGGACUCAUUGACAGAGAUGGCCGCUUCAUUGUGGGUGACGAAAUUAUCAACGUCAAUAGUAAACGUCUCCGAGGUCUGGAUAUCACCGAGGCAAUCCAAGGCCUCCGGCAACCCGGUCCUGAAUUGGACAUUGUCAUAUCUCGUGACGUUCCCGUCAAUUCUACCUCAACCCCACAGUCGAAACUGUCUAAAAGUGAAGGCUCAUUAAUCAUCAGUGAACGGCGGGUUCAAGAGGAACAUGGCCGUAUUGCUCAAAAGCUCCAUGACUACGAGAACAUUCACUCUGCCAACGAAACGAGGAGCCUGAGGAGCUCCUACCAUAAUGACGACUCGUUGCACAAUCCCAAGUCUGCAUUUGUCACCAGAACCUACAUCGGCACAGGUUCCUCAUCCACCUCUAGUCUAGCAAUGAAGAUUCACCGCAAGUCGCUUUCGAGACUGACCUCGAAUCCCGGUAGUCUCACAUCCCUCCUGGAAACUAGCCUGAACUCUGACGCAGAAGAGGUGCGGUCCAGUUGCUCAGCCUAUCAACCAGUCCGGAUGCGGCGAGACUAUUCAGAGGCCGAUGAAACUCGAUCCAACCACUCGUUCCACGGAAAUCGGAAUUUUUCCCUUCAGAGCAAUGGAUAUGUGUCGGAUUCUGGAAACUGGUCAGCUGUGCGCAGGGUCAAUGCAAAAAACGCGCCACACCAGUACAGCUUACACACCGUUGUGUUUGAAAAGGGGCCCGGGAAAAAGGGAUUGGGGUUCAGUGUGGUGGGUGGACGAGACUCUCCUAAAGGCAAUAUGGGCAUCUUUGUCAAGACCAUUUUUCCCAAUGGCCAGGCUAAUGACCAGCAAACCCUGAAAGAAGGUGACGAGGUGUUGUCAGUGAACGGUCACUCAACCCAGGGAUUAUCCCAUUCAGAAGCUAUUGCCAUCUUCAAAAGCAUCCGAUCUGGAAAAGUGACUGUGCACAUCGCCAGAAGAGAUUCUUCGUCAUCAGUUCCAAGCCAAUCAACGGAUUCCUUUUCAUCCCUACUGCCACCAACCUCAGCAGCUCCACCAUCUAAAGCUCUCUCCGUGUGCUCUCUAUCAUCCAAUAACGCCCCCACCAAUGGAAGGUCUUCGAAUCGAGCAGCGGGAUCCUCAUCUUCGUUCAAAUAUUCAAGUGGCUUGGGUGGACGAUCUUCGCCGAAGAGGUCUUGUGAAAACAUGUCCACACUCUCCGCGUUCACUUCCGAUGUCAAUCAUUUCCCAGUGAUCAUAUGAGAAAAGAUCAAACUCAAAACCCAUACGGCCGAGGAAGACAAAAAAGGACCCAUCUCCAGCUUCCAUCCAGAAGACCUCCCCAAGGACAGGGAGACUCGUAUAUAAGAGAGAUUUUUUUUGAGUACUCACUAAAUGUUCAGCAAUUCUUUAGUGUUCGCCAAAUGACAAUAAAAACAGGCCUUCUUGAAAGAAA